CUGUGUGUGUCUCCAGAGUUAGUGUGGAAAUUCCAGACUAUGUUUCAGGUUUGGCUUGACGGGAAAAAGCAUGGACUCUGGGUAAACCCACUUUUCCUCUGCCUAUAAAAGGGCAAGAGGCUUGUCGCAGCUCUUCACUCUUCUCUCCUCUAACUGUUCUCCUCCGAAAGAUCUCUGGACUUAUUUGUCGGUGGACACAUAAAUGGCCAUGUCACAGAAAAGCUGCACUCUCCUGCUGGCUGUUGUGGCUGCAGUUUGUAUUCAGGUCUAUCAAGCUCAUGACUUUAUCGGACGCUGCUCAUGCCUCAGUACAAUCAAGUUCAUCAGGGGAAACAUGUCGGAUUUCCAAGUCCUUGAAAAGCGUCCUGGAUGUGAUAAAACUGAAUUGAUUGUAACCAUGAACAAUCCAGAUAACUCCACAGACAAAAUCUGUAUAAACACUGAGGGGAGGAUGGCCAAUGCUUUUUUGAAAUGCUGGGAAAGGAUAAACAAAAACGAGACCCGUAAGAUGGAGUGUAUCGACAGAAAGAGAAGAGCAGAGUGAAAGUACAAGAGUUUUUUUGAGGGGGGGGGUUGUUUGGGGGCAACUGGGGAGGAAAGUUAUCCGGAACAGAGUCCCGGAGGUCACAUAAAGACUGAGAACACAUGCCGAAGAAUGCUGAGAGCAGAGCUUUCACUGAACUCCUGCACUGGAGAGGAUUGGGAAAUGACAUCGAGAGGGGAAGAGUGGUGUGGGGGAGAUGAUUAACAGCUAGGACACAGGAAGGGGAGAGUUAUGGAUGUUAAGGUAUAGAUGCAAAUGUAUGUACAGUUCUAUAGCAGAAAGUUUGUGUAAAAAAUGGCACUGUUGAAAUGCACACACUUUUAUUUUGCUUGACAUAAGAGCUAUUUAUGCAGAUUAUUUAUUUUAAAAAUGUUAUGUCUGUGAUUUUU